ACUUCUCUCGCGGCGAUAGGCGUUGGUUCUCGUCUGGAAGGGCAGGAGACACAAAUAUAAGUAGUAUUGAUUUCUUCCACUGCUGAGAGUCUUGCAAGCUCCACCAGAUACAGCAAAUCGCCCAUCAUGUUGUCCUCAAUCAUUUUCCGCAACAUCUUGGCCAUCCUGGCAACGACCAGCUCAGUCACAGCACAAGCUCUCUCCUCAUCAACGAGCUUCGUGCUCUGGCCAAUAAUCACUGCCGGCGAACUCGAGGGUCGUGUAACAAACUGGGACAUUGACAGACGACAGCCACUGGCAACAGCAAGUGGUUCCCAGACCGGAGGAUACACUACUGAUUGUUUCAACCGCUACGUCUUCACGAGCUAUGUUGGAACUCACUGUUAUGGCUCAGACCAGUGCGGCUAUCGAAGAUGGAGUGUGAAUGCCACCAACCCUGACCCAGACUGCAACACUCUCGUCACUCUCAACGCUUAUCUCGCAAGCAUGCUCAUUUCUGGCCCUAAUGAGGUAGACGAGCUCGGCAGGAGGAACGUGGGUUGGAGUAACAGGGAUUGUGGACCUGAGAUCGGAACACCUGGAUUCAGCAUCGACAACGGUGGAGAGAAGGGCAUCUUCCAUGUGCGUUACGACAAUCCAGCGGACCAGAACGACGAAUUUGGAACGUUCUUCACUUGCUGGACGGAUGGUGAGCUGUAUGGCCCCAGACUCUUCUAUCGCAAUGCUGCGGGAACGACUCCAAAAGGAUGUGCUGAGCUUAUGCUUGUGCCGAGAUGCGCUGAUGACACUUACGCGCAAGCGCCACUCACCAGCCAAUGCUACCAAGGAGGUCUUCCAGCAUAAUCAGGAGGGUCGUGCAAGAACAGAUCAGAAGUAUAUACAUGCAAGUGAUGCUGCAAGUAGAGUUAGACAAAACAUUCGAGUUUACAAUUUCGCUCCCUUUGGCAUAAACUUCAUUGCCUGCCUCACACCCAGAUCAGCCAGAACCU